CUAAUCGGAUUGACUUAAAUUCAUCUGAGGGUCGUUACAUUCUGAGGUGACUGUUUCUCCUUCCCGCGGUCUCCUCAGGUCGGAUUUUUCUCCCCUGUUUGAUGCUGCGAGGCGUGCCAGUGUACUGUACAUGUGAUAGCGAGGGGUGGUGAUACUGUUAAAGAGUUCACAGGGAGGCAGUUUGGUUUAGAUUGAGAGUCUGACCACCCCGGGAGCGGUCCGCAGAGCAGAUUCGGCUGUUGGAUAUUUCUUUUCGUUUUGACGCUGUUUGCGACUGUCUCCAGGCGCGAAGGGGAAGAGGAAGGAUUCUGUGUUUUCAACCAUGGGAGCAUCGACAUCCGCACAGCGGGACGGCAAGAAUCAGAAGGAUGCGAGCGCUGAGGUGCAGAAUGUGGAGGCGAACGAGAUUCGGGAGGGGGAGAGCAUCGAUUCAAAGCUCCUGCAGAAGAAUGGACAGAUUUCUGGUCUGAAUGGGACAGCGGAUGACCAGACGAACGAGUUGGAUGUGAUCCCUGGAGAGAAGGUCCUGGUUGAAGUUGGUCAGACAGACUCUGUGUUGGUGCCCCAGAAGGAGGAAGUCCUUGAGGUGAUGGAGGUGCUCCAAGAGGAAGCCGCUCCUCAGCUGAAGAUUGAGACGGAAGAGAAGGAAUCGCCUGACGCAAAUGACAUAACACCGACAGAAGAGAAAGCCCCCGAGGAAGAGCAGGGCGAAGCCAGUGAAGUGGGAUUUAAAAAAAUCUUCAAAUUCGUCGGGUUUAAAUUCACGUUGAAAAAAGACAAGAGCGAAAAGGCCGGACCGGUGCAACUGCUGACUGUUAAAAAUGAGAAUGAAGCAGGUGGCUCCGAGGUCACUGAGGAGGCGGCCCCGUCUGAAGAAUCAAAACCUGCAGAAGCAGAGAAGACGCCAGAGGAGACAGAGGCAGUCGCUCCCCCUGAAAACACAGCAGAAGAGACAGUAGAAGAGACAGAACCAACCAAGGAGGUUACCCCAGAGAGUGAGUCUCCCACCAGCCCUGUUGUCGAGGAAGUCCAGUCCCCUCUGAAGAGGUUCUUCACUCAGGGCAUCUUUGCCAAUUUGCGCAAGAGGCCAAGUUUUAAAAAGCCCGCAGAAGAAGCACCACCAAAGACCACAGAAGAAGAAUUGAAUGGGGAGAAGGAGACGACAGAAUCCCCCACAGAGGAAGGUGAGAAAGCUAUAGAGGAGGCCCCACCAGAACUUCAAAAAGAAGAGGUGACACCAGAGGAACCUAAGGCAGACACCGAAAUGGCACCAGUCGUUGAAGGGGAACAAUGUGAAGGUGAAAUCAAGGUUGAAGAAGAAAUCCCCCAAACUACUCUAGAUCAGGACAAAAUCACCCUGCCAGCUGAUAUUUCCAGUGACGUUAAAACUACAGAGGAGGCUGUGGAAGAUGCUGUGACAGGUCCUGAUGAAGACACAGCGGCAGUAACAACCGAGGCCGACCUUCUGUCAUCUCAAGAAAAAGCCAAAGUCCAUGGAAGUCCACUCAAAAAACUGUUUUCUGGGGCUGGCUUGAAGAAGCGCUCUGGCAAAAAACUGAAAGGAAAGAAAGAGGCUGAGACAAAACUGACAGAAUCUGGUGAGCAUGCCGCAGAACAGCUUCAGUCAUCCACAGAGUCAGCGGAGAACCAGAGAGUUGAAAGCCCUUUCUCUUCCCCUGAAGAAUCAGGAGAGCAUGUGAAUGGUGAACCCACCCAAGCAGAAGUGGAAGGAGACGCGGUCAUCUCUGAUGGAGAGAAGAAGAAGGAUGGCAUUCCGCCCUGGGCCUCUUUCAAAAAGCUCGUGACACCAAAGAAGCGCGUGAAAAGGUCUUCCGAGAGUGAAGAUGAGGCCAUUGAGAAGCCCAAGUCCGCAACAAUGUCAUCGGGAGACAGCGCCGUGUUCAUCGAACAGCAAGAGGAGCCAAAACCCAGCGAGGAAGAGCAGAAGAUAGAGCUUAGCACAGAGGAGCCCAAAAAGAAGGAUUCAUCCGUGUCCUGGGAGGCACUGCUCUGUGGGUCUGCGAAGAAGAGGGCCCGGAAAACCUCCGACUCUGAGGAGGAGGAAGAGGAACCUGCAGCAACAGCCGAGUCUCCACUUGGAAGCUCCCAGGAAGGGGACCAUGAAAUUUUGACCUCCUCCCCUGAACAGGCUGGUAGCCCCUCUGAGGGAGAUGGAGGCUCCACCUGGGCAUCCCUCAAAAGACUUGUCACGCCACGAAGGAGAGUUAAAGCUGAGGACAAGGCAGAAGAUCAAACUGAGCAGAUACCCUCCGACAGUGAGAUUACCAAAGAGGAGCCCUCGUUUUCCCUAAAGAGACUUAUCCCUGGCCGCAGGAAGAAAAGGGUAGAUGGAAAGCAGGAGCAGAUUUCAUCUGAUGAGGCAGGUAAAGAUGUCGGAUCAGCCGAGGAGGACUCGGACACACCUGCUGUGAUCCCACUGUCAGAGUUUGACUUACCAGAACCUGAAGAGGUUGAUGUCAGACCAAAAGAGGAGGAGGCAGAGAAGCAAGUGGACACUACCGAGAUUGGAGAAACCGUGCCAGAGUUGUCUCUCCCAGAGCUUGAACUGGCAAAACUCCCUGAAGCCUUGCCUCCUGAAGAUGAACAAGCCCAGGAACCAUCCAAAGCUGACACUGAAGAGCAGUUGCUAUCUGAGAUACCACCCACGGUUGAGGUGGAGACUGAGGAGCAAAUGGAAUGUAUAACCAAAUAUCAGCAGCUGAGCGAUAUACCAGAAGAAGGGGUGAUAGAAGACACCACUGCCACGCCUGUAUCUACAGCUGAAGAGGUUUGCCAAGAUGACACGAUAGCAGAAGACUUUGUGGAACUGACAUCUGAAGCAGUGACUGCCCUAGAGCAGGCACCAGAAGAGUCAGUGGCGGAGGAAUCAACAGAAAUGGUCUCAGCUGUCUCCCGGCUGACAGAGUCUCCUGCAACGUCUGGAGAAACAACACCGGUGCCUGCAGAAUAUGAGGUGAAAGAGACAGAGGCAGUUCUGCAAGAGGCUGUGGAAGCUAUCAGCUUGGCUACAAAUGACUUGUCGGUCACUAUGACAGACGACCAGCAAGAAACAGUUGCCAUGUCCGUUUGUCCCCAGGUAAUAGAAUCAGCAUCAGUUGAGGAGACAAAGGUCUUAGCGGCACACGAAAAGUCAGAGGCUACUGCUAUCUGCAUAGGCCUGGACUCCCAGGAAAUCAAACCUGUGGAGGAGGAGCCAAUCAAAACCUCAGUUGAGGGUAUCACCGAAGUCAGUGAGGCUGUUUCCACAGAAAUAGUGUCCGAGGACAAGGCUGAGAAAUCCGAAGCAGCAGGAAUUGCUCAGGAUGAGGUCUACGAGGCUGAAGUUGAGGAGAUCAAGACUGAACUCCAAGAAACAGAGGCAACAGCUGAAGCAGAAGAGAUUUUGCAAGAAGCAGAGAUAAAGGCAGAGCAAGUCAACCAGGUGGAAAACGAACUCUCAGGGGAUGCAGUGGACAAAGUUUUAGAAGUUAUGCAAAUGGAGGAAGCCAACGAAGUACAAGGAACAGAAUCAGCAAAUGAACUACAGGAAGUCACACCAGUUCAAGUAGCUGUAGUCGAUUCAGUGCAAGGUGAGGCUGAACUUCUAGAAAGACAGGUUGUCAUCGAAGACAAACCACAGACUGAGGCUGAAGGUCCGAUAGAGUCCGUAGUGGAAGAACCUGUUUGUGGUGAGUCUGCAGAGGUCACCGAAAUGCCAGUCAUGGAAGGAGAAAAGGAGCAGGAGCUGGAGGACGUGGAGAAGUCUGAGGCUGAUGUCGAGAAUGCACCAGUGGCAGAGGUGGUCCAGUGCCUGACGCAGGAAGUCACUGCUUCCAUGCCUGAGCCUCCCACAACUGACAUUUCAGUGGAGGAGGAAGCUCCAAUCGCUGUCCAUGCACCUGCUGUAGAAUUAGCUAUGGCCGGGGAGGCCUCCGACAUUGUUAGCCCACCCACUGAAUCCGUUCAGUCUGAAAUGGCAGAGAUUAAGGACGAAGUUGUAAUGGAAAGAGUUCCUUCUGUGCAGCUUACAGACGAACAUGAGAUACAAGUCGAGGUGAAGUACACAGACCUUCAGUCAGUGGAAUUGGCUGUUGAGGCAGAAAUUGAAGCUGCUGCGACUGAUGUCUGUGUGGUUGAGGAGGAUAUCUGUGAGACUGUACAGGAAGAAGAGGAAGUAAUGGUUGCAGAUCAACUGAAUGAAGCAGUGUCCAUUGAAGAGCAAGGUUCAAUUAUUGUUCAGGAGAUUAUUCAAAGUGUAAUGGAAAACUUACCAGAAACAGCAGAGGAAUCAGAAGAUGCUGAAGCUUAUGAGCACGCAGAAAUGGAUACAGUAAUCCCAGAAGAAAUGAUACCAUCAAGUGACUUCAAGGAUGAACUGCAAGGAGUAGAGCAGUCUGAAGCAGAUUCAAUGAUUGCCUCUGAAGCUGAAGUACCCACAGAGGACACAACGGUUCCUCUUGAAAUGCCUUUGGACUCUGACAUUCAGGUAGAAAUGCAAGCACCACCAGAAGAGGAAGUAGAAGAUGCACUGACACAGUCAGAGGUUGCAGAGACGGAAGAAGAAUCCAAAGACAACGUGACAGGAUUUGAGGUGCAAGAGGAAGCAGAGGUGGCAGCUGAAAGACUGGCAAGCCCAGUUCCGGAACAAGCUGAGAUUGCUGACAGCGCUCCAGUGGAGUCAAAGGAAGAUGCUGAGACAGCUGGAGAGCAUCAUGAAGAGGUUCUUCUGGAGGCACGGGACAACAUGAUUCAGGAAACAGAUGCUGGAAUGGAAAUUCAGGAGGAACAGGAGGCAGAAGACUCUAAAGUAACUGUGGAAGAGGUUGUUCUACAGGAGGUGAGAGAAGAGACAGAAGAAAGUCUAGAAAUCCAGGCAGAGCCAGAGGUACAGGUAGAGGCUGCAGAAGGAGACCAGACCCGAGUGGAAGGUGAAGGUGGUUCACAAGAAGAGGGAGAGGUGACCAUAGAGCUGCAACACCAAGAGGACCUGCCAGAUUCCCAUGAUGAGGAAACUGAAGUAAAGCAACAUCAGGAAGUGGUAGAAGAGGUGCCACUCGAUGUUUCUGAAGCAGGUGCUCCAAGCCAGGUGGAGGAGACAGAAGGCCUGGUUGAAGCAGAGGCUCCAUGUUCAGAAGAAACAACACAUGUCGAUACAGAGCAGGAAUCACCAGCUGGAUCAACUAUGGACAGUGAGAUUUCUAAGGAUCUCAUUGAUACCACUACAGCAACAGCAGAGGAGGGAAGUCAAAAGGAAGAAGAGGUACAAAGUCAAGCCACAACAACAGAUACUGAAAGUCAAGCACCACAAGCAGAAACGUGCAGUCAAGAGGUAGAGAUCAUUGAAGAAGAAUGUCAGGCUGUGGAGGAGAUACACAUCGAAGCUGCAGUGGACAGCAUGACCCACGAUGCUGCUGAAACAAGACAGGAAGACAGUGUGGCUUUCCCCAUGUCUUUUUUGAGCAAGGAACUGGAAGCAGACAUUGCCCAAAUAUCUGUGGAAGAAACCGAGCAAGUCACAGCGGUGACCGUCGUAGAAUCAAGGAUUGAAACAGUCGAAACUGAGGAGGCACAAAUCCAAGAAUGUUUGUCAGAAGAGGUGAAGAGCCAGGAAGCUGCUAUCGAAGGAGCCCAAGAGCCGACAGUGGAAGGAGAAUCGAUGGAGAACGGUCAGGCUUUGACUCUCAGUGAUGGGGAAGCAGAGGCCAUCCAGGUAAAGGCAGAAGAACAGGUGCCAGAGGUGGUCACCAGAGAUCCCGUUACAGAGGAUGCCAUGCUUAUGGCCCACAUUGACACAGCGGAGACCAUAGUGCAGGAGGUGAUAGAGGAAUCAAUGAAAGAGAUGGAGCCAUCUUCUUCACAGCUGACUGCAGCAUCCUGAGAUGAUUUCCCGGUUUUCUGAUUGGAAGACGGAGCGACCAAAAAGGACUUGAGGGAGACGUUUCCAGGCUAACACCCAGAGACCUGCCCCUGCCCUUGACCCCCCAACCCCCGGCGUGCAAAUCGAAGGUCAACUCCGCCCUUCUUGCGUGCUGCCCGUCCUGUUACAGACACACCCCUGCGAUCCGUCCAGGAGUUUCCCAGACCGUCCCCCCUCCUUGGCUGCGAAUCUAACACCUUCAGACGCUUUCACCAGUAUGAGCUUGUAAUCGCUGUGGUCUGUGUUUUCUCUUUUAUCGACAAGACCCCCCUCCCCCCAAGCCACUGCUAAAGCCUUGGAGAGUCUUUUACCGUCCCUCGGAGAGAACCAGUGUUUGUGGUCUCAGACCUAGAGGGUUUCACUGUGUAAAUUGUAUUUAUAUCUACACUUUAGGAUCGCAUCCAAUCCUACAGUCCAUCCUACAGUU